GAACAAACCACACAGCCGGCCAUAUCGGAGCCAGAGCCCAGAGCCACAGCCAUCGCCAUCGCCAUCGGCCAUCGCCGUUGGUGGUUCGUUGAUCGCCGUCGGGCCACUCGUUGAGAUUGCACAAUAACUAGCACUCUUCGGCGUAGCGUACCAAGCGCGCACCGGAGAAAAAAAAAAUCCUUCCCACUAACUAUGUCGUCUCCUUCCUCGGUCCAUUGGCUGAGCUUGGUAGGGAGCAUCUGGCUCCAGACCAUCAACGGGCCCAACUCCGACUUCCCCGUCUAUUCGUCGCAGCUCAAGGAGAUCAAGGGCAUCUCCCAGGUGGGGCUCAACUUCCUGGCCUUCGCCUCCGACGCCGGCAAGCUCUUCGGCUGGUUCGCGGGGGUGGCCGCGCUGUACCUCCCGCUCUGGGUGGUGGCGCUCACCGGGGCGACGUUCGGCCUCGUCGGGUACGGCGUCCAGUUCCUGUUCCUCGACAGGGCCGGCCUCGCGUACUGGCACCUGUUCGUGCUCACCUCCCUCGCCGGCAACGGCAUCUGCUGGAUCAACACGGUGUGCUACCUGCUGUGCAUCCGGAACUUCCCCUCGCACAGCCGCGUCGCGGUCAGCCUGGCCACCAGCUACCUCGGGCUCAGCGCCAAGUUCUACACCACCAUGGCGGAGACCAUCCCGAGGGCGGCGAGGGCGAGGUACUCCACCACGGAGGUGUACCUCCUCCUCAAUGCCGUCGUCCCGAUGGCCGUCACGCUCGUGGCGGCGCCGUCCCUCCGGAUGGUCGACCUCAAGGACAAGGAGGGCCGCAAGAGGACCACCGAAGCGCCGUUCCUCGCCAUGUUCGUGAUCACCCUGGCCACCGGAGCCUGCGCCAUCGUCGGCAGCAUAGGCGCCAAGUCCAUCGGGCUCUCGUCUAGAGAACACAUGGUCAGCUUCUACGUGAUGCUGGCCCUGCCUCUACUGAUCCCGGUGUGGCUCAGAGUCAGGGAGAGCACGGCCAAGAUACGCGAGACUAUGUGGCCUGAGAACCGGGUCCACGACCACGACUCCGACGGGGCCGAGACGACGACGGUGUCGGUGGUCGAGAUUGAGGCGGCGGAGGAGGACAAGCCGGAGCCGGAGGUCGAACAGAGUGGUAGUAGUCAGGAGGAGGUCGGCGGCCUCCGCUUGCUGAGGCAACUUGACUUCUGGCUCUACUUUUUCAGCUACAUGUUCAGCGGCAGUCUGGGUCUGGUCUUCCUCAACAACCUGGGACAGAUCGCCGACUCCCGAGGACUCGCCGACGCGUCCACUCUGGUUUCCCUGUCCUCCUCCUUCGGCUUCUUCGGUCGUCUCCUUCCUGCCUUCUUGGACUACUACACGGCCAAGAGUGGCUACUCCCUAUCAAGAACGGCGUCCAUGGCGUGGCUGAUGGCUCCCAUGCCCGGCGCGUUCCUGCUGCUGCUGCAUCCCAAGAACAUGUUCCUGUACGCCAGCACGGCGGUGGUGGGCACGUGCACGGGCGCCAUCACCUCGGUGGCGGCGUCGACGACGAACGAGCUGUUCGGCACCAAGAACUUCGGCGUCAACCACAACGUGGUGGUGGCCAACAUCCCGGUGGGCUCGCUCUGCUUCGGCUACCUCGCCGCGUUCCUGUACCAGAGGGGCGCGCACGGCGGCAACCGCUGCCUCGGCGCCGCCUGCUACCGGGACACCUUCAUCCUCUGGGGCGCCACCUGCGCCCUGGGCACGGCGCUGUGCACCGUGCUGUACGCGCGGUCGCGCCGUUCCGCCGCCGGCAGGCUACCCCGCUAGGCUCGGCGGCAUGCGUACGGCACUGGUUGGUCGGCUAACGUAGACGGUGGUGAUGAUGAUGAUAGCCAAGGGUCCAGAAGCUUCUCUAGUGAACGAGUUUAGCUGUUCAUUAGAUGCCACAUAGUAUACUUAAUUAAGAGGAGAAUAAAAAAUAUCUAGCUAGAGAGUACUGCUAGGUGGAUAUAUAUAUAUAUAGAAUCUUUUUUUUCUUCUUCUUCUUAGGAUUAUUUUGUUUUGUUAGUUUGUUCACACACAGUCCGCCCUUGGAGACACUGAAAAUCUCCAUGCAUAUGCUUAUGGGUGAAACGGAACAGAGUACAUGUAAACGAUGCUGAAAGUUGCAAUUUUUGCCAGCCUAGCGGUAAAUUCUGCGUUCAAUUCUUUGGUUGGCUUGUUCA